UUGUUCAAACUUUGCAUUUCAGGUGCGAUUACGGCCGGUGCCAGGCUCAUUUGCGGCGGCUCUGCAGUACAAGUCCCCGGCCUUGAAAAUGGCUUCUAUCUUUCCCCAUGUGUUCUCACGGAAAUCCGCAAGGACAUGGCUGUCUACAAUGAGGAGAUAUUCGGUGCUGUGCUUCUUGUAAUUCCCUUUGAUACAGAAGAUGAGGCUAUAGACAUUGCUAAUGAUACUACGAUGGGUCUUGCUGCUGGACUAUUUACUAAGGAUUUGGCUCGAGUUCAUCGUGUUGUUGAUCGAUUACAUGCAGGGAACGUCUACGUGAAUACAUUCAACGAUGUCUCUCCAUUUGUCCCGUUUGGCGGUUACGGCGACUCUGGCUUUGGACGCGAAAAUGGUACCGCCGCCAUCGAACACUACACCCAAAUCAAAUCUGUAUUUGUUUCAACAGUCACAACUUUGCCAAAUCCGUUUUAA